GGUGACCGGAAACAACUAAUACAGGGCGAACAGACAUGUUAACUUCAUCAUUCACGAUGUCUUCAAAUUCACAGUUACUCAAGUAAUAUCAUUACACAAAGACACCAGGCUUAAUGUGACCAUGGACACUUUACAUCAUUGGCUCUUGCUCUUGAUGCUCUUGCAUUAUGCAAAAGGUUCCAACAGUAGCUGUGUAGUAAAAAUUCUUCCAGACUCCAAGACUAAGAUUCCUGUUGAGUUGGGAAAAAACUUCACAGCGACAUGCCACCUCCAGGAUGGAUCUGAAUAUACCUCAAAUGACAUCAAAUGGUCUCUUAGUAACAAAGACAUUGCAGAAGUAUUUUAUCACAAAAUAAAUGAAACCUCCGUCAGUGUUACAGUUAACAUCAGCAGAGACAUGGGUGAAGUGUUGAUGUGCAAAGCCUCCAGAGAGUCCUUAACAUACAUGGGAAAAUGUGCCUAUGGAAUCUACCUUGAUGCAGGAUACCCUCCGAUGAAACCAAGGAAUCUGACAUGCAUUGCGUUGCAAAGGAAGAAGGAUAUUUCUCCUGACCUAAAUUGUUAUUGGGAACCAGGAUUGAGAGACCCACUGCUUGCCACUAAUUAUACUCUUUAUGCCCAAGUAGGACAAGAUUUAUAUAACAGAACCUGUAAACAGGCAGGAAGUUGCACCGUCAACCUGAGCACUUAUCCUGUUCAUAUGACUUUGAAAGUCUGGGUUGAAGUAAAAAAUUCACUGGGGUCAGAACGGUCAGAUGAACAUGAAUAUGAUUCCUUGAGUCUUGUGAAACCAAAUCCACCAAAUGUCAGCUGUGUAGUUGAAAGCAGCUUCACUACAUCUUUCCUGGUUGAGUGGAAGCAUGACAUUGAAGACACAACUAUGAGAUUCUCACAUGCCAUUAGAUACUGCCAAGUAGGGUCCAGUGAUUGGAAAAAGGUGCCUCAGAACUACACCAAUGUGCACAUUAAGUCGUAUCGACUGCAGUCCCUAGAGCCUUACACUGAGUAUGUGGUACAGAUGCGAUCCAUUGGAGAACACUACACCAUCUGGAGUGAAUGGAGCUCCAAUGUUACAGUUCGCACUCCAGAAGCCAAGCCAGCAAGUCCACCAGACCUGUGGAGAAUCAUCCAGUGCACUUCUGGAAAAAGAAAAGUCACAUUAAUGUGGAAGCCUCCUGUGAAAGCUAAUGGAGAAAUGCUUGAAUAUUUCCUGGGGAUCAUUCAAGAUAACCGGCCUUUUGAAAGUCACGUUAUAAAAGCUGAUCAGCUCAAUCAGAUGUAUUCACUGGAAGUGCCACCAGAAGAAAAUGCCAGUAUUGAAAUUGCUGCAUUCAAUUCAGCCGGAAUGUCUCCCAAAACUACUUUGUUCAUUCCAAGAUCAAAUGAUGAGUUUCUUGGCGUGAAGAGCAUGAGGUGGUGGGUUCAUGAUGGAAAGCUUCAUGUGGAGUGGGGUCCUGUGAAGCAGCAUCCUCCUCAAGGCAUUCAUAUCUCUGAAUAUCUGCUGGAGUGGGUGAAUGAAAGAGAUCUUCAGCCACAGUGGCAGAGGGUUCCUAAAAAUGUCAACACCACCAUACUGAACGGUAAUUUAGCCAAAUACAAGCAGUACAAUGUAUCAGUGUAUCCAAUCUACAAGUUCUAUUAUCAUGCUCGAUGGCAUUUCCAAGCAGGAACUCCAGUAACCAAGCCAGCCUACGUUCAGCAAGGAACACCAAAAAAAGGGCCUACUGUCACUGAUACCAAUUCCAAGAAAAAUAGUGUUAAACUGACAUGGGAAGAAAUACCACUGGACCUUCAGUCUGGAUUCAUCCAAAACUACACCAUAUUCUACAGGACCGGCAACGCUGAGUGGCAAUCUGUGCUAGUAGCCGCUAAUAUCCACUCGUAUGUACUGACUGAUCUGGUCAGCGAACGCGACUAUGUGGUUCACAUCAUGGCCUCAACGGAAGCAGGCUCCAAAAAUGGCACAGAUUUUAAUUUCAAAACAAUGAAGUUCGCUGAUGGAGAGGUGGAGUUGAUUGUAGUGCUGGUUUGCCUCGGCUUCCUGUUCCUGUGCGUCUUCACCAUAAUGCUCUGCCUUCGCAAGAGAGAAGUGAUUAAGAAGCUGUUAUGGCCGCAAGUCCCAGAUCCAUCUGACAGCUCUAUUGCCCACUGGUCACCUGAUUUCCCUGUAAAGACCGAUAUGCCCAAGGAAGACGUCAGCGUGGUGGAAGUGGAUGUGUUUGACGGCAAGUCUUUGUGCGAAGAAGAUAAAGUUGUUCUGCCACUAAAGAAGGACAAGUAUCUCUCCGAGGAGCACAGCAGCGGCAUUGGAGGCUCGUCCUGCAUGUCUUCGCCCCGCCACAGUGUUUCUGACAGCGACGAGGGCGACUCAGGCCAGACCACAGCCAGCACCGUCCAGUACUCGUCAGUGGUGGCCAGCGGAUACAAGGGCCAAACCCCAAACCAUCAGCCUCCAGCGUUCGCCCGCUCUGAGUCUACACAACCGCUGCUCGACUGCGAGGAGCAUCCGGAGAAUCAUCCCGGCGAGAGGAACUCUUACUUUAAACGAGGCCGAGAGCUGGAGCCACAAAGUAUCGACGAGCCUGUUUUCAGCGCGGUGCAGGAGGAAGAAGCAUCUCCCGUUGUGGAUGAUGCGCCGACGUUAAGUUACAUGCCGCAGCAGAGCGGGUAUCGACCGCAGUAAAGCAGAACUUUUCCGUAAGCUACAUAGAGCCACAUUUUCACAAGGCACCUUUAUGUGCCUGGCAUGAACUUUUUUAGGUUGCGUUUUAAUGGGAUUGCAGGCUUAUGCUAGACAUGUAUAGUAACACUAGAUUGCAUCCUUAAAAAGUAAAUAUCCGUUUAAAAAACGAAACAAAACAGUGAAGCUGUCUAUAGUUUGAUGUCGCACUCACACUGCCACGUGCCUUUAGUGGACGAUCAGCCAUUGCUGUUUAUAACAUGGCGAUUAAAGCCACAUUCUUAAAGGGGCAGUUCACCCAAAAAUGAAAAUUCUCUAGUUGUUCCAAACUUUUUGGAGUUGAAUGUUAAAAAGCAUAAGCCUAUUGAGGUCUGUAGUAUUUUUUUUAUUGCUACUAUGGUUGUCAAUGGCUAAUGGCUACCGUUUGAUGAAUGUUUGGUGUUCAACAGAAGAAAGAAAUUCAUAAAAGUUUAGAACCACUUGAGUUGAGUAAAUGGUGAGGAAAUUUUCAUUUUUGGGAAAACUGACCCUUUAAAAUGUUACUGUUGUUUUGAAUCUUGUGUACUUAGUAUAUGGGCCCUUGAAAUACAUUUUUUAGUUACCCAAACUCAAGUAUUUUUAAAUAUUCUGGUUUAUUUUAUGGAUUAAAGGAGAAAACCAAGUGAUUACAAUUAAAAAAAGAUUGUCCAGCAGAGAGUGCAGAACUAAUGUCAGAAUAUUUAAUGUUAGUGUUUUGAUUGGUCAGUACUUAGCCUGUGUUCUGAUUGGUCAGAGCCUGAAUGUUCUGAUUGGUCAGUGCCUAGCUAAUGUUCUGAUUGGUCAGAGCCUGAAUAUUCUGAUUGGUCAGAGCCUAAAUGUUCUUAUUGGUUAUUGCCUAGCUGAUGUUCUGAUUGGUCAGAGCCUGAAUAUUCUGAUUGGUCAGAGUCUGAAUAUUCUGAUUGUUUAGUGCCUGAAUAUUCUGAUUGUUCAGUGCCGGGAUUUUCCGAUAGGUAGGAGCCUGAAUGUUCUGAUUAGUCAGAGCCUCAAUAUUCUGAUUGGUCAGUGCUUAGCUGGAGUUCUGAUUGGUCAGAGAACUUGAAUAAUCUGAUUGUUCAGCGGUUAGAGUGUUCUGAUUGAUCAGUGACUGAAUGUUCCAAUUUGUCAAUGGCUGAACGUUCUGAUUGGUCAGUGUUUAUUUGGUAUUCUCAUUAGUUUGUUCAGAUUUAUAUAUUUUUUUACUUGUGUGAGGUUUCAAUUUCAAAUUUCUGAGAGAAGUAACGUCUGUGGUUAAAGAUAAAAUUUGGCAACAAUAAUAAUGAACCUUUUGCUCUACAAUGGAAAUUAGACCAUUUCAAGUAUUUUAUGGAACAUAACUGCAUUCACACCGAAGACGGCGAGAGCAUCAAAGUUUGAUCUGGCCACUCUGAUGACAACGAUGUGUGCCUUUUCUUCUUCGUUGGCGAAAGCGUCAAAAUUCGCUACAUUGAUCUCGUAUUUAAAGGGACCGUUGCAGCAUAUCAGCAAGUCACCUACAUCCCCACAUAAAACAUGCUUUCUAGCGUGAAAAUGUUGCACACAUUUCAUCAAGUUCAGUUAAGUAUGGAAGAUUUAGUUGUUGCGUGUGCUGUGGCUUUGCUCCACUUAUCCAAUACUUUAUGUGUCCAUAUAUCUGAAACAUUCUGAAGCAGCAAUACUGUUUCGUAGUCGUUCUAGUUAGCAUGAGAUUCCCUUCUUUUUAAAUAAAAUGCGUAUAUACCAUUAAUGCACAUCAGCGUGCCAGUAACUUUUUAAUAUAUAUGUCACUGUAAAAAAAAAUCAUAAAUAAUUGGAAAUUAGGCAAUUGCAAGUUCUUAAACAGCGCUGAUUUGCUGUAGUAUUCACCAGUGCUCAACAGAAAUGAUUAUGAUUGGCCGGGAAGGUCAUCAAUUCACCAUUCUUCACUGAUUGCAAACACAGAUACAGGAACACUGGAGCAUUUUAAAUCCCUGAAGAUCGGUCAAUUCAUUAGGCGGAUUGCUCGUCUGUGUUUGCACUCGGUAAACAUCAGUGAAGUGCGGUGAACUGAUAACCUUCUUGGCCAAUCAGUCAUUUCUGUUGGGCACGUGAACACAAUGGCAAAUUCGUGGUGUUUGAGAACGCCAUCAACAGUGCCUUAAAUGUUAACGGGAAAUGCACGUUUUUUUGAAUUUCAGUUUAGUUUAAAUUUCAGUAAAGAUUUUGUAUUAUGACAAGUCUAAUAUAGUGAAAGAAACAGUUCAUUAACUUGAGUUUGAUAAAUGGCAUAUAAAUGUGUGUUUGGGAAAGAAAACGUUAGCUAAUUAGUGCCAUUUCCCUUAACUUAGAGAAAAUAAAAAGGGAUAUCAGACCUCAUUUUCAACUAUUCAUUCAGAACAUACCUUCACUCUGAAGGCGGUGAAAGUAUAAAUUUGUGUCACUUUCUCUUCGCUGAUAAGAUAUACAGCCAGGUACACAACGUUUCUAUGUGGAAAUAUGUGGAGCAGUGCGUCUUCACCAGUGUUGGAGUCGAGGAGAGUUGAAAUAAAGUCAACUUUAUGGUAAUGAGUUAUGAUGCAUUUCGGCAGCACGCAAUUGAAGAUUCCGACCACGCAAUUCAAGACGCCCUGGUCUGCUCCUCAUUGCUUAUUUGUAAUUUGUAAUUAAUUUAACAGGGACAAUGCUCAUUAAUAAACAGUGAGACUGUAAAUAAGCCAGAGUUAGCCAAGGGGGCUAAUUUUCAUCUGUUUCCCCCUGCCAGAUUUUAAAAGGCAACCUAAAAUCAAAAACACAUGAUCACACAUACAGAACCAGUUAAAUUACAAAUGACAACAGUAUAAAACAUGUAAUAAGAAUUUCUUAAAAUGUUAGACAGAAGAAUUACACAUGAUUACAAACUUGAUUUGCUUUUAGCCAUUUCUUUAACUUAUAUUUAAAAGUUGAAUAAUUUGAAACACCCCUUAACUCAAUGGGAAGUGUGUUCCAAAAAUGACUGGCUCUAACUGAGAAGACUGAUUGUGCAAAAGUUGUACGUCUGAACUGCACAGCACAGUCUCCCCUGGUAACAGAUCGUGUUGCUUGACCAUUAUUGUUCUUGUGUGUUACAAACUCACAUAAUGGGGGUGGAGCAUAUCCAUUUAAAAUCUUAAAAAUCAAACAAGCAUCAGCCAAAUAUUUCAUAUUAUCAAAGCUCAAUAAAUAAUGUUUUUGUAUUAUAUUACAAUGAUGAUACCUAAUAGGCUUCUGAUCAAAUACUUUAAGUGCCUGUUUAUAAAGUGAUUCAAUUGAUUUUAAAACCGUUUUACUUGCGUCACCACAGGCUCCCAAUAAAAUGAAUGCCUUGACGCUCUCGCCGCUUUCGGUGUGAACGCAUGUAAGUGUAUAGGAAGGUUUUGGGAGUGUGUCUGCACAGUUGAUGUUGUGUGGAGCAUGUUUAUGUUUAACAGCCUUAUUUUACUCUUCAAUUGAAAAUUCCCAUUUAAGAAAAAAUGCAGUCAGUUAUUUUUCUGGGUUCUGAUGUCAUUCUUGCACCACUAUAUUAAUUGAAAUCAUACCUUUUUUUUGCUGGAGAAGCUUGAUAAGAGUUUAUCAAGAAUUGACCAAUGAAAUAUGUUUUACUUCACUCUCAAAUAUUGUUUGUAUUGCUGUUAAACAUGAAAACAUUGGAGGGUCAUUGUAUGAUUAUUUGUUAAAUGUAACAUUCUUAUUGUAAUUAAUGUUACACUGCGAAGUACGUUCAGACGUAUAAUAGUGAUACAUUUCUGUUACGAUUUCAAGUUAAGCCAAAGUGUUGAUGAAUCGUCAUGCAGUUUCUGCAGAUAAAUGACAGAUCUCUUCUUAUUAAACCAGUGUCAGAGCAGCUCUGGAGAUCAUCGGCAGACACGAGCUGCACCAUUUAUUCAGAUAGUAUUAUUUUUUGUGGUUGGAUAUUCACAAACGUAAGCCCACAUCCUGAUUAGAUCAGUUGUGCCUCCCUGUUUUGAUUUGGUCAUCCAUAGUUAACGAAAUUCUAAGACAUUCAAUGUUCAACAUUCAACAAUAUGUCCACACUUAUGCAUCACCAAUUAUAAGAACAGACUUUAGCACUGUGCACAAUUGUGUUGGUUUAAUAUCUAAAAACACAGCUUAAACUGUUUAUAUCAACAGAUUUUGGUUGAAUUCAGCUUUUCUUUUCAUUUUACUGCUCAUUGUUGACGAGGAGACUUAAACUCACAACUUUGAUAAUUGGUUAUUAGUUACUGAGUGUUCUGAUUGGUCAAUGAUUAAUCAGAAAAGCCUGAAUAAUCUGAUUGGUCAGAGCCUGGAUGUUGAUUGGUCAGUGGUUGAACGUUCUGAUUAGUCAGUGCCUGAAUGUUCUGAUUGGUCAGAUCCUGAUUGUUCUGAUUGGUCAGUUUUUCUGGUAGAUCAGUGCCUGGAGGUUCUAAUUGGUCAGAGCUUAGACAGUAUUCUGCUUGGUCAGAUACUGAAUGUUCUGAUUGGUCAGAGCCUGGAUGUUCUGAUUUAUCUGUGCCUGAUUGUUCUGAUUGGUCAGUGGUUGAAUGUUCUCAUUGGUCAGAUCCUAGAUGUUCCGAUUGCUUAGUGCAUUGUUCUGAUUGGUCAGUGCUUAGUCAGUGUUCUGAUUGGUCAGAUCCUGGAUGUUCUGAUUGGUCAGAUUCUGAAUGUUCUGAUUGGUCAAUGCUUAGUCAGUGUUCUGAUUGGUCAGAUCCUGAUUGUUCUGAUUGGUCAGUUUUUCUGGUAGAUCAAUGCCUGGAUGUUCUAAUUGGUCAGAGCUUAAACAGUAUUCUGCUUUGUCAGAUACUGAAUGUUCUGAUUGGUCAGAGCCUGGAUGUUCUGAUUUAUCUGUGCCUGAUUGGUCAGUGGUUGAAUGUUCUGAUUGGUCAGAUCCUAGAUGUUCUGACUGCUUAGUGCAUGAUUGUUCUGAUUGGUCAGUGCUUAGUCAGUGUUCUGAUUGGUCAGAUGCUGGAUGUUCUGAUUGAUCAGUGCCUGGAUAUUCUGAUUGGUCACUGGUUGAAUAUUCUGAUUGGCCAGUGCCUGGAUAUUCUGAUUGGUCAGUGGUUAGUCAGUGUUCUGAUUGAUCAGUGGUUAAUGUUCAGAGCUUUAAAACUUCACAGUCUCAAGUUGAGAUGUAUUACUGAUCAUAUUUCAAAUAUUCCUCGUUUUACCUAUACGCAACAGGAUGUGAGCUCUAGCUUGAGUUAACCUUGUAUCCAUGGUUCUCGUGAUCUCCAAGAUAAAACUAACACUACAUUUAAAAUGGCAGUUAUGAAAUGCAAAUGUUUUACUGUAUGCCUUUUCUACAUGUAUCCGUGUAUCUCUGUGUGAUAUCAUUUCUGUCAUUGCAUCACUUAUGUGUAUAUCGCUGAUACUAAGGUCUAAUAAAGACUUUAUCCAAA